AUUUCAGAGAAGAAAAGAGCCGGUGAUCGGAGAGAGAGAGAGAGGGGAUGGGAACGAGACAAGUAUACGAAGAGAAGCUGAGGCGUGGGAAUCUUGAUUAUGAUCCGACUAUGAAUCCUGGUCUUGGUUCCGCUCGCUGUCCGCGUUGCCUUUCUCUCUUAAACCCUAAUUCAGAAAAAGGAGAGUGGGCGAUCACUUCAGUUUUGCACGAUGCUGCUGCUGUGGCUGGUUCUGGUAUUGGUGGCUUGCUUAGUGCCGUCCAUGCUUUCAACACAGGGAUCCCCUACCUUCAAAAUCGGUUUCCAGGGUCAAAACGGCUCUCCUUUCUUAUAGGGGUUCCAUUGCUGCUAGGAUAUUCAGGUGCAGGGGCUGCCUUUGGAGGUUAUGCGCUUCCGAAGUUUGCUCAGCUGACAGUUACCUCGUAUUAUGCAUCUUCAAGUGCUUCACAUUAUGGGAUCUCUAUGCUCACCCGCCGUAUCGAAGAAGCUCAUCUCUCUCGAACUCAGAAAGAAGAGGUUAAAUGAAGUCAUGCACAGAUAAACGAGAGUGUAUUCCACUCCCUGCUUGAACAGCUUCAUUUCAGAAUCUCUCCUUGUAUUUGUUUUUUUUCUUCUUCUUUUUGGUUACCUUGUCAAGUCAUACUCUUAAGAAACCACAUCUCUAUAAUGUUGAAUUCUUCGACAUAUUUAGACAAGAUAUAAUGUCUUUUAUGUCUUCUCAGUGGCUACCUAUUUCAAAUAAAUCUAACUUUU